UUGUUUUAGUUAUGUUUUUUGUUUUAUAAAUAAUCUAUAUUUAAUACUCCGUGCAUAUGUCCAAACAUUCAAAACAUAUCCAUCUCGUCGAAACGGCAGCAACUGUUGCUGGCUCAUGCCGAAGUUGCCAUUGCUAUUGCUAAUUUGCUACACCACGCAACGCACGCGCCCAAUGCCAAGCAUGGUCGCCCACGGCCCACCCCCAAAAGGAAUUGUUUUUGGUCGUGAUGCCACAAUCUGAUGCGGGCAGCACCAGCACAGCACCAACCGUCCGUAGAUCGAAAUGAAGCAUGCAAAUAAGCUUCCAGAGAGCUAAAGUCAAGCCCGUAUAAGCCACACGCACAUACGUUUGGUCUUCGCAGCAACCGAGACCGAAUCACAAAAUCCCUGGCCAGUUUGGAUGUCCUAGCUAGUAGCCUAUUACUGUUGUCCAAGCUCAAACAGUUUCAAGCCUUCAAGGCUUCAACUAUGCACCUCAUCAUCAUCAGCUGCCUCGCGGCCGUAUUCUUCCUCCACGUCGACGCCGCGCCGGGCACGUUCGUCUACACAGGGUGCUCGCCGUCGAGGUACGCGCCCAACACGGCCUUCGAGAGCAACCUCAACUCCCUCCUGGCAUCCAUGGCCUCCACCGCGUCCACCGGCGCCACCUACAGCAGCUUCACCUCCGGCGCCGGCCCGGAGUCCGAGUCCGCCGCGGUCGACGGCGCUGCGUCGGCCGCCUACGGCCUGUACCAGUGCCGCGGCGACCUGCGCCCGGGCGAGUGCGAGGCGUGCGUGCGCGACACGGUGUUGCGGCUCGGCGCGGCGGUGUGCGCCGGCGCGACCGCGGCGUCGCUGCAGUCGGACGGGUGCUACGUGCGGUACGGCGCCGCCCGGCGCAACCUCGUCGGCCGCGCCGACGACACCUCCGUGGCGUACCACCGGUGCAGCGCCGGCACGAGCGGGGACGCCUGGUUCCUCAGGUCCCGCGACGCCGUCCUGUCGGAGCUGCAGCAGGGCGUGGACGCCACCGCCACGGCCUCGUCGGGCGGCGGGUACAAGGUGAGCGCCUCGGGCCCCGUGCGGGGCGUCGCGCAGUGCCUCCUCGGCGGCGUCGCGGCGGCCGACUGCACCGCGUGCCUGGCGCAGGCGGUGGCGCAGGUCCACGGCACGUGUGGCGCCGCGCUCGCCGCCGACGUGUACCUGGUGCAGUGCUCCGUGAGGUACUGGACCAACGCCAAGUACGUCCGACCGUCGCAAGGUAACCCGGAGGAUGACGCUGGGAGGACCGUGGCAAUAGCAAUCGGUAUCUCGGCCGGGGUAGCAGCACUCGUGGUGUUCAUUUCUUUCCUCAGAAAAGCAUGCUCAAGCUAGCUACCCUACAAGGCAGAGACGCUGCGUGAAAGCACGGUCGUCACCGUCGAUCUCGUACCGCUACCGUCACGUUCAUUUUGCCGGGGACAAGAGAUUGAUUCACUACCUGCUUCUGCUCUUUAUAAAGCUGCCCGAACAGCAGUGUCAUGUACGUUUCUGUUCAGCUGUUGGAUAUGGCUUGAUUAUGAACUACUCCUACUACACAGGGUUGCCUUGCAAGUUGCAAGCAACAUUCGUCUAAUAGUUGGGCCGUGUUUAGUUCCU